UAUUUUCUAUUGACCCAGUGGACAGAACCAGAAUACAAGGAAGUAUAUUCAGGCUACAGAUUACUCGAUUUACAAGCUCUUGGUUAGUGGAAUAGAUUGAUACAGAUUGUGCUAGUUUUUCUUCAUUGGAAAUUUUUGAAUACAGAUUGUUUGAACAUCUGUCAUACAGGCUGUAAUGGAUUCUUCACUGAGUUGGGGGUUGAACUUGAUGCUAUCAUCCACUUGUGAAGAGGAGAAUGUCAAUAAGCAAUGGUUUGAGAUACUCAAAAUGCCCUUAAAAUGUCAGCUCUGACCCUACCACAAGGGGAAGGAGGAUUUUUUUUCCAGCAGAUACAUUUUAUCCUGCUGUUCAGCCGACAAGGGAAAUUAAGACUUCAGAAAUGGUUUAUUACACUUCCUGAAAAGGAAAAGAAAAAAAUCACCCGAGAAAUUGUGCAGAUUAUUCUGGCUCGGAAUCAAAAAAUGAGCAGCUUUGUUGACUGGAAAGAUCUCAAACUUGUUUACAAAAGGUAUGCUAGUUUGUAUUUCUGUUGUGCAGUAGAAGAAGAAGAUAAUGAACUCCUGACCCUAGAAGUUGUCCAUCGUUAUGUAGAGCUAUUGGACAGAUAUUUUGGCAACGUAUGUGAACUGGAUAUUAUUUUCAAUUUUGAGAAAGCAUAUUUUAUACUUGAUGAAUUUCUACUGGGCGGGGAAGUUCAAGAGACAUCCAAAAAAUCUGCGGUGAAAGCCAUAGAAGAUGGUGAUAUGUUACAAGAGACAAUGGAAGAAUAUAUGAGCAAGCCUGCCUUUUAAAUCAAAGCAACAGAACCAGCUAAAGGGAUCAUGUAACAUGGCAUAACAUCUCUUAAGUGCCAGCUUUUGUUUAAAAUACACAUGUCCCAAAAUUCUAAAAGUGAUAUGUUAUCUAUGCAACUGUCAAGAUGAAGGUCAGCCACAUGCUGUCAGUAUAGCAGCACAUGUAUAUUAUACUUCACAUGAGUUUAUUUUAAUUUAAUCUUUCUUGGCUGUCUAGAUUGAAAGUUUUAUGGAAACUCUUACUAUCGGUUUUUUUACUUCUAAGAAAUUGAUACUAGAAUCUUUGAAGGAUAUAUUUAUGACUCUGGACCAAUUUCUGAUCAAUUCAAUAUAAUUUUGUAAAAACAAAAUUGUUAUGUGAUCAUUUCUUCUAUAUUAAUAAUAAUACUUUUACAAAACAUAUGGUGUUGAUAGAUUUAAUUUUUAACUUGUUUUGACAGCAAAUGUCCUGGACUGUAGAUAAUUUAAUACAUUAUAGUCCUUUGUGUUGAGGUAAAUCAAUUUCUUACAAGAUUGAAUACAAAUUUUUGCCAAGCAUUCCUUAAUCAGCAUUUCUGCAAGCUGAAAGAGAGCAAUUAUAUCCCAAUUUAGAUAAUUUUUUAUCCUGGCUUUGAGCUUCUUCAGUGAAGCAAUAAAUUGGAAUGGCUGAAUUUUAUCCUUACAGCUGUAGACCUACAAACAUAUAAGUGCAGUUGUACAAUGGCUAGAGGCUUCCUUGAAUUAUUAGUCAAUUUACUGCAUCAAGGCCUUUUAUAGAUUUGGGAGGGAUGGGGAUGUCAUCUUAUUAGAGACUCCAUUUUUCUAAGGUUUCCCAUGAUAAAAAGUUGUCAUGGAAUAUAACUAUCAGUCAGAUUGAACUUCUUUGAAUACUGUAAUCAAAUUAGCUGGAGUGUACCAAGUACUAUAGUCUGAAGAGAUGGGUGGCAUAUAAAUUUAACAAAACAAACAAAGAAACAUUUUCCAAGAACUUCUCCCUUCAACCCUGGACAAUGAAGAGUGAAAAGCAACGCCUCUCAGUUUAUCAUCAGAUUCUGAUGGUGAAAGCCUAGAAAAUACAAAACUGAACAAAUUGUUACAAAAUUCUUGAGCAUAUGAGGAGCACUCCUGUAGGUAUGCAGUCAUGCACAUGAUAUAAGAACUGUUUACUAAGAUUCAUUUUUAAAGGCGACAGUCCUCUAAUUAUGAGAAAUAACUUGUUUGAGAAAAGAGAAACAUAGGAGACCAAGGUUAUGUAAAAAAUUAAAUUAAAUGACAAAUCCCUAGUAAUGCCACUAGCAACAUCUGAUCAGAGAGAGAGGGGAGCGAGGGAGGGAGAGGGAGAGGGAGAGGGAGGAAAAGAGAGAAAACAGGAUGAAGGUUUCAGCAGAAAAGGAUGUUCUGAAUUUCUGUUUUGUCUUUCAAUUGGUUUUUUUGGAGAGGACAGA